AAAAAAAAAAAAAAGGAAUUAUUUUCUAGAUCAACCGAAAGGCUUGGUUGUUAAGGAAGGCAUCAAAGAGAAAGAAACAGAGAGAAUACAGAAAGAAAAGUAAAGUCAAUUGGAUUCCAUUGAUUUACAGAGUCGAAAGGGAAAGAAAAAAAGGGCAAAAACAGAGCCCUCAAGUAGUUGGUAGUGUAUUUUGGAGAGUAAAAAUGGCGUUGCAGUGGAUGAUACUGACUUACGUUGUAGCAGUGGAGGCGGCCCUAGCGGCGGUAUUAACUGUUCCGUCGCCAAAAGCCUUGAAGUAUCGAUUAGUAUCUCUCGUUUCUCUCAUUCUUCAACCGGCUCUCUUCGUCGUCCCUUUUGCUGGCUUCCAGCUUCUGGAUAUCUAUUGGAAGAAUGAGCAUCGGCUGAUGUGCACCUCUGAGAUCUGCACUGCUGCUGAGAGAGAUCGCUAUGAGAAAUCUAUCUACAAAGCUCAAAGGAAUGUAAUUUUGUGCGCUUCAGCUUGCCUGCUUUACUGGUGUGUCUAUCGCAUAUGCCACUACUACAAGGAGAUUCAAAAGUUGGAGGAGGUAGAGAAGCGCGCCAAGGACCAGUAGUGGAAUUGUCAUUUAUCCCCACCUCAGCAUUAGGUGUAGACAGAAACUUAUGCUUUCCAUUUCUGUGUAAAAAUUUGUAUUGCAGCACGCAUCUGCAAGUGCAUUAUGCUGUGCUCGCCCAUGUUCUUUCUUUUGUCGCAGCAGUUCUUCUGUUAUGUAUGGAAAGUACAGGACAAAUAUUGCUGAUUAGAAACCCAGCAAUCUGUCUUAAAAGGAGCUGUUUUUUGUUAAACGUUAAAUUACCCUUCUAAAAAUCUGGUUUUGCUAUUCUGAA